AUGAUCCACUCUCGUGUGGCAGGUCCAGGACUACGGUCUGGCCUGGCGCGCGUGGUCUUCCUCCUUCUCCUUGGGAGUGCGUGCGUGGUGCACGCGUCGUGCGCUCCAGGCCCUUCUCUGGACAGUAUGGAGGAGGAGCUUCAGCAGCUCAGAGAGCAGUUGUCUCAGCUUAAGGCAGACAAUGAACGACUUCUCCGGGAUAGGGCCUCACCCCAGGCCGGAGCUAGUGGAGUUAAUCAGACUCCAGGCACUCCCACCGGUAGUGUUCCCUCAGGGACUUCAACUGUUUCCAUGGAGCGCGUGUUUGUGAUGCCUCGUCCAGGACUACGGUCUGGCCUGGCGCGCGUGGUCUUCCUCCUUCUCCUUGGGAGUGCGUGCGUGGUGCACGCGUCGUGCGCUCCAGGCCCUUCUCUGGGUAAGGCCAACUUCCAGCUGGAGCAUCUUCACCUCCAACGAUCCUGGUGUUCAGAGGAGUGA